AACUGCCUACGACUGUACCAGUUUUCGCCACCAAACCGAACCAAAAUGGAUCAUCAGCGAUUUGUCCUCAUUGUGAUUGUCUCCCUAGUUGGCUUUGGAAGUGGUUUCGGGGCCCAGAUUUUCACCACCGAGGAUCGAGACUCUAUACUGAAGUUCAUGAAUGUCUUCAUGAACUUUUUGGACAUGGAAACGGAUAACAGUACGGCGGCCAAUAGCACCACCCUGUCGCCCAACGCCACUACCUUGGAGACAACUACUCUACCAUCUGGAAACAGUACAGCUGCAACUACGGAGUCCACACUGACGACCAGUAACUCUACCCUAACGACCAGCAACUCCACUGAGACGACCCCCAGCUCCACUGUCAGUGAUGAUCCAAGUUCCAGCAGUACGGUUUCGGGAAAUGGCACGACCUCCACCACAGAAGCCACCACAACCACAGUGCGACGUCGAAUUUGCUUUAAGCGAUAUUGCUAUAAGUUUAGUAACGACAAAGGAUAUAUUGUUUAGACUUUAGACUCUAGACUCUAGACUAAAUAAAAUACAAUUUAUUU